GAGGUUUCACGCACGCACGGAAUGUCUCUCGAUGCCAGUGUACUCCCAUCGGAACUGCUGACGACAGCUGCCCCGUUGGUCGGUCUGUCCGGGCUAGAUGUGCAGCGCAAUGCGAUACACAAAACGAUCUGGGAUGCGUUCAACAACGCCAAAAAACCGGACACGGAAUCGAUCCAGUAUAAGCUGCUACCCCCGAAUUACGAGUUUCCCGUCUCGAAGCCCAAACACCAAUCCUACGAAUGGUACACACCAAAGGGCAUACUCAAACGCAACUGGAUGCUGAAGCAUCUGCACGUCCUGCCGGCGGUGGUAGUACUAUUUCAGGACCUCGAAUGGAACGACCCCAAAUGGACGGAAAAGCAGCUACAGUGUGCGGCCACGAUACAGGUGCUGAAGAAUUCGCUGCAGGGCCGCAACACGCGUAUCGCGAUAGCGCUACUCCAACGUGGCCACUAUCUGCAGCAGGGCGAAGAUAUGCUCGCCUCGGAACGUGCCGCCCAGCUUACGAGCAACUGUGACAUCAAUGCGAAGAUGCUGUUCGUGCUACCGCACAACGACCAUCUGAUGGGGCACAUCUUUCGGCUGCAAUCCGCUUUCCUCGAGCUGGCCCAAUCCUACUACACGCAGCUGAUGAAGCAGAUCCGCCUGCACCGGGAUCAGCUAACCGAUGCGCACACGGUACUGAAGAUACGGCACCAGUUUAAGCUCGGCUUCCUUUCGGAGCUGAAGCACGACCAAUCGAACGCACUGCGCCACUACCGGCAAACGUACACCUUUCUGGACGAUGUGCGAAUCGUAGACACGAACUGUCUCGAGCUGAAAACCAUUGCCGGCUUUGUCAAUUACAAGAUGUGCAAACUGUUCUUCCGCCUGAACGCACCGAAAGAUUCCAUUUCGCAGUUCAAAAACCACAUCCACAAGUACCGGCCGCGGACCGGCUUUAAGGAGCUACUGUUCGAGCAUUACGCCUGGCUCAGCGUACAGUACAGUGCGUUUGCGGAGCUGUUUUGCGAUGCGGUAAAGAAUGGAUUAGCGCCACUCCAAACGCAACAUCCGGGCAUCUACUUCCACAAGGCGGCCGAAUACAUUGGGAUGCGCAAGGAGGCGUUUCUCCAGUGUACCGCGCUCGAUACGACGGGUCCGGCCGAACUGGGCUCUAUAAGCAAUUCGGCACUUUACAGUGACUUUUUUGGCAUCCGUGGAAGCGUCAAGACGGGCGAACCAGUGUCCGAGCAGCAAAUUAUAUGUCUAGUGCAGGAAAACGAGAAAGCCUACAACCAUUCGGGCGAAAUUAUUGCCCUGCUCGGGAAAGCGAUGGCGCAGUUUAAGGUUUACCGGUGUUUACGGUUUCGUAAGAAGCUGGCAAUCGAUAUGGCCGAAGAGUAUCUGAAGAGCGGGGAUCACUCGAAAGCACUGACGCUGUACUCGCUUAUGCUGACCGACUACCGGGUAGACAAAUGGUACACAAUCUUCACGCAGGUGCUACUGAAAACGCUUCACUCGGCGUACCUGUCCGCAUCGGUGCCGGAUUUUGUGGCCUGCAGCAUCGAAGCCCUAUCACCGCGCAUUGCCAUGGAAAAGCAGGAACGCAUACUGAUACUGGAAAAUCUUUGGAAAGUGUUCCACCGCGUAUCGCCCGUUUCGAGUAGCCUUAUCGCACCGGAACUUUCCAGCAGCUGGCAAUCGGCACUCACAUCAUUUAACACCCCGAUCAAGCUGGAUCUCGAUCGUUUGAACGAUCUGGUCGAAUGCCGUCUAACCUUCGAAAAGCGCCAGAUCAAGAACGAUGAGAAACUUCAGCUGUUGCUGUACAUCCGCUCGCUUACCGAGGUUCCACUUAAGUUGAAAAACUUUUCCAUUCUACUGACGGACCUCAAGUCAAGCAGUGUUCGAAUUAAUGCUGUCCAGUACGCAGAAUACGCCGGUCCCGCAGACGACAAUAUCGCCGUCGAUUCGUCGUCCAAACCGAUCGAAGAAUUUAUCCUCGAGCCGGAAAAAUGCUAUCGUAUAUUGUUUGUCGGUGAUCGGUGCCUGUUUGCGGAGAGUGUAGACGUUCACAUCUUUCGGCUCGAGUUGCAGAUGGGAUCGGAAAAGACGCACGCAGUACUAUCGGUGCGCGAGAAGCUCAAUACGAGCAAAGCGUUUAAAUCGUACAAUCCGCACAAGGAUUGUAUGGAAAGUAUUGGCGUUAUAAGCUCCUGCUACAUCAUUCCAACCUUCCAUCUGGGAUCACAGACCAAACCAACCAACCAACCGAUGCUGACGAACGAAUUCCACCAGGUGACGACGAAAAUUUUCAACCAAUCGGAUCUCUGCCUACAGAACGUCGGUGUGAGCAUCAGUGUGCCACAGUUGCUACGAAACAAUGUAUUUCUGACAACUGAUCUUAACCAUCCGCUGCAAAAGAUUCACUCGCACGUCCAGAUCGACAUCGGCGAGCUGCAGAUGCAAUCCUCCACGACCGUUUCAUACUAUCUCGCUAGCCUGGUGGCGGGCAAUAUAGAGCUAAAGCAGAGAAUGUACUAUCAGAUGGAAAAUUUACACCAAAGCAAAGUGGUUGACGCGCUAGGCGGAACCACACUCAGCGGGAACAAUGGUGCGGCCGAUUCACCCUCCACGCCAAACAGUGAAAAGGAGGACCUUGCAAAGCUGCUGGCAAAUGAGAAAAGUUUGCAACAGUACGUUAACAAUCACAACGUAAAGAUCGAGUUUGUGCACGACGACGGGCAGAUGGUGCGCAAGAUUAAGGAAGAUACGGUGGUGGUACCGUGCGUGGAGGAGAUUAAACUUACCGGCCGGUUCUACACGCUCAGCCGGGAAGCACUGGUGCGAGCGUACCGGAAUGAAGAUUUUUUGCUGCGCGUUAACAUGGAGAUUAAAUCGCCCGAUCCGAUCGAUAUACUCGAAACGCAAUUUAUUAGUGAUCAUAAUAUAGUGGAGAAACAGUACCAAGGAGGAAAACCCAUCGGCGGCAGUGGUUUACGGCCGGCCACCCGGUUCGAGGAUUUGAAGCUACUGAGUGCAAGCAACUGUACCCGGGAUUGGGUAUCGCGCGGAAAUUUUCUUUCGAAGGACACGCAGCUCGUAUUUAAUCGAUCACGCUCACCGGACGGAGCAGCAACGGCCCUGCCCGCGAACCGACCGAUCGAGGAGCAGCAGUACAACAAGAACCUGCUCUCGAAACUGCCGACGAAUGCAACGAUAAUCGGUAGCACUAGUGCGCAACUAACCAAUCAGAUGAACCUAUCACUAACCCAUCAUCCUUCACAUGCUGCCUUGGCUGAUACCACCACGGACGGUGACGGCAUUUCACAAUCGUCAGCGAAAGGAGUUAACGCCAGCAUGACCACAUCCACCGGAAGUGUGGAAGAUUUCAAAGUGAAACCACUACCACUAAACGAUUCGUCUGCUUUAUCAUCAUCGAAUGCAUCGAAAGCGGGCCAUCUGACCGGUGGUGGCGAUGAUUUAGUUGGGAAGAAUGUAACGAAAACCAUCUUUAACCGUACGCUCGAUUGUGUGCAGCUAACGAACAAUGAUCGGAACGGGUUUAUUAAUGCGCAUUACAACAAACCCGAGCCAGGCACGAACGUUUCCAGCACGGUAGCACCGAACGGUACCGGAUGGCCUGUAUUUGGUGUGUACUGUGUACGGUGGUGCCGCUCACGAACACCGAAUGUUGUGAAUGAAUCGAAAUUUAUCAUCAACGGCAUUGAAGUGAUCGAUCCACCACUAAAUCUGUACUGCUACAUCGAACAGCGUAUGUACGUAAGGUUACCGAUGACGUUACGCGUAACGCUACGGAAUCCAACGCGAAGAAUACUGCAUCUGCAAGCAAUACUGAACAGUUCCGAUAGUUUCAUGUUUGCCGGCCAUCGCCAGCUGAACGUAUCGAUAUUUGCGUACUCCACGUACGAUCUGCUGUUUAAUCUGUGCCCACUGAAAGCUGGCUGGCAACCGUUACCCGAACUACAGCUAGAGUAUCAAAAUUUUCAGCCCACUGCUACACCUAACCCCGCACCAGGUAUACCCGGGACUCAGCCAGUAGCGGUGAAAUUCCCGACCGAUUCGGUGCCCGCCACAAUACCGACCGGUGAGGCAGAUGUGAUAGCUGAAGGGGUAGAAAGCCAGCGCAGGGCGGAGCUGGCCUCGCUUGUGCAACGGUGGAUGCCGAAAAUGGUGUUUGUUCAUCCUCCAACGAGGACACUGUGAUUAUCAACGAUAUGUUAAGUAGCGGCGUCGAAGAAA